CCGGGUAUCACGACACCGUUCAAAUUCCCGCAAAAAUCGAUUGUCAGCAAAACGCUAGAAUAUGGCAGUGCAGCCUAAUCAGGAGUUGAAAUUAGAUUUAUCACAAGAACAAGGGUUUAUAUCAUACUACCGGUCACUUUCAGAGAAGUCAAGUACAACUCUCAGGUUCUUUGACAGAACAGAAUAUUACACAGUGCAUGGCCAGGAUGCUUUAUUUGUGGCAAAGGAAGUGUUCAGGACAUCAGGAGUUGUCAAAUAUCUUGGAUCAGGUGAAAAGAAGUUGGAGUCUGUGGUUCUCAAUAAAAUGAAUUUUGAAUCAUUUGUACGAGACUUGUUGCUAGUGAGACAGUACAGAGUAGAGGUGUAUAAAAACAAAGGUGGAGCCAAGAAUAACGAGUGGAGUUUGGGAUUUAAGGCAUCACCUGGAAAUCUGACCCAGUUUGAGGACAUACUGUUUAGCACUGCCGACAUGUCCAACUCUGUGGGUGUCAUUGCUGUUAAAUUGUCAACUGAAAAUGGACAGAGGAUGUUGGGUGUUGGUUAUGCUGAUGCCACAUUGAGGAAAUUCCAAGUCAGUGAAUUUACAGAUAAUGACCAGUUGUCUAAUCUGGAGGCAUUGAUAGUACAGUUAGGUCCGAAGGAAUGUAUCCUGGCCACUGGAGAUACAGCUGCUAAUGCUGGUAAACUUAAACAGGUCCUUGACAGAAGUGGUGUACUCAUUACAGAGAGAAAGAAAAGUGACUUCACAAACAAAGAUUCUGUACAAGACAUGAAUCGUCUUCUUAAGAUGAAGAAAGGUGAACAAGGAAAUGCUGCUUCUUUACCUGAGGUAGACAAACAGCAUGCAAUGGCAGCCUUGUCGGCAAUCAUUAAAUAUCUCGAGCUUUUAUCAGAUGAGAGUAACUUUGGACAAUUCACAUUGUCUGUGUUUGACUUGGGUCAGUACAUGAGGCUUGAUGCCGCAGCUGUUCGUGCCUUGAAUCUGCUGCCAAGUUCUGUUGAAGGAGGAAACAAGAAUCAGUGUUUAUUGGGACUUCUGAACAGAUGUCGCACAGCUCAAGGUCAGAGGUUACUCGGUCACUGGGUCAAACAACCAUUAGUGGAUAAAAAUAGGAUAGAGGAGAGACUAAACAUAGUUGAAGCAUUUGUAGAAGACACAGAGUUGCGACAGAUGUUGUUUGAAGAUCAACUUAGAAGGAUACCAGACUUUCAGAGAUUGGCAAAAAAGUUUCAGAGGAAAAGGGCUUCUUUACAGGAUGUAUAUAGAGUGUAUCAGGCGAUUGACAAGAUGCCAUAUCUGCUAGAGACACUGGAGAAAACGGACAGUCAACAUAAAUCUCUGCUAAUGGAUAUUUUUACAAAUCCAUUGAAGGAAUUACUGAUGGACUUUGCAAAGUUUCAAGAGAUGGUGGAGGCUACCAUGGACCUUGAUCAAGUUGAGAAUCACGAUUUUGUUAUCAAAGCUGAUUUUGACGAGGGACUGACGGCACUGAAAGAAAAGAUUGAUGGAUUAGAAGAUAGUAUUAAAGGUCAAAUGAAUAAGGUUGCCAGGGACCUGGGUUUAGAGCCAAACAAGGUGUUGAAGUUGGAAAGCAACAGCCAGUUAGGAUACUUCUUUAGAGUUACAUUAAAGGAAGAAAAGGCAUUGAGAAACAACAAAAACUACAUCACCAUAGAUACCAAGACAAAUGGUGUGAGGUUCCACAAUAAGGCUGUGAGAGAACUGAACAAUGAUUACCUAGAGGCAAAGGAAGAAUAUGGUGAACAACAGAAAAGUGUGGUGAAUGAGGUCAUCGGUAUAGCAGCUGGGUAUGUGGAACCAAUGUUGAUUAUCAAUGAUAUCCUGGCUCAGUUAGAUGUACUGGUCAGUUUCUCCCAGGUGUCUACAUGUGCUCCAAUACCAUACAUCAGACCUACAGUGCUUGAGAAAGGAAGUGGCAUAAUAAAAUUGAAGGAGGCAAGACAUCCCUGCCUCGAGAUGCAGGAUGAUAUAGCAUUCAUACCCAAUGACAUUCAGUUUGAAAAAGACAAACAGAUGUUUCACAUCAUAACAGGACCAAACAUGGGAGGAAAAUCAACAUACAUUCGCUCAGUUGGUGUUGCUGUACUGAUGUGUCAGCUGGGAUGUUUUGUGCCAUGUAGUGAGGCAGAGAUCACUAUUGUAGACAGUAUACUAGCCAGGGUGGGUGCUGGAGACAGUCAGCUGAAGGGGGUGUCCACUUUCAUGGCGGAAAUGUUAGAAACUGCUUCUAUACUGAGGUCAGCAACAGAUAAUUCCUUGAUCAUAAUUGAUGAGCUGGGAAGAGGAACCUCUACAUAUGAUGGCUUUGGACUGGCAUGGGCAAUCUCUGAACAUGUAGCUACACAACUGAAGUCAUACUGUUUGUUUGCCACCCACUUCCAUGAGUUAACAGCACUAGCAGAUAAAGUUCCCACAGUGAACAAUCUACAUGUAACAGCCCUUACCAGCAAUGAUACCUUAACACUGCUGUACAGAGUGAAACCAGGUGUCUGUGAUCAGAGUUUUGGAAUCCAUGUAGCUGAGUUGGCACACUUCCCAAAACAUGUUAUACAGUUUGCUAAAGAGAAAGCUUGUGAGUUAGAGGACUAUCAGUGUAUCAGUCUGUCUGGAACAGAUCUGGAAGGAGAGGAUGAACCAGCUGUCAAAAAAAGAAAACUUGUUAAGCAGGAGGGAGAAGGGCUGAUCACAGAGUUCUUGAAGAAAGCUAAAGAAAUUCCUAUCGCUACACUCGGUGAGGAAGAAGUUUCCAAACGUAUAGAAUCUCUAAAGGAAGAGCUGAAAACAAAGAACAAUUCAUACAUAGAAGAUAUUCUGGCCCGCAAAAGCUGAAACGAUCAUAGACAGGCUGUAAUAUAACUGGGAAAUGUUGUAUGAUUUUGGGUUCAACCAGACAGAUAAAUGUAACAAAUUAAUUUGUGUUUAAAGAGGGCACAGACACUAAGGGCUGCAGUCUGUUUAUUCUGUAAUAGUGUUGAAGUCAGACAGUUUUGACAAUAUUUGGGAAAAAAAAGCGAGUCCCCUUUGUGGUAGAACAAUGAAGUGGAGAAUUAUUGACAAUAGAGCAAUGUCCGAAUUUGUUGUUAAGACUUUUGCCUUUUUUUGGCUUAACUUGUAUCAAGUUCAAAUGAUCCAAAACUUGAUUAAAAUUUUCUUUUAACCUUUAGCCUGCUAAAUUUCUGUAAUGGACUGGUCCAUCAUUCAAGUUGGACAGUAUCAUUUAUCAUUUGAAGGGGUGUUUACUGAAAAUUUACUGACUGAAUAGCGAACGAUCUUGGUCUGCACUGUUCGCAAAGGCAAAAUCACUUGUCGCCAGCAGGCUAAAGGUUAAUAUUCAUUUAUAUAGAGACAUGUUUAAUAUUAAUUGCAUGCACUAGAGUUUUAUGAACAAGAUUUUCCUGUUUGUAUAAGAAAUGUAAAGAAGAAGCUUGCAUACGCAUAUGUUUCUUUUCAUACUUUGGUUAGGGGGUUAUAAUUGUUUGAAAAAGAAAAAAAAACAAAUAUAGAAAAUCUAUCUGAUCUGAAUUUAAUUUUUAGCUCAACUAUUCGAAGAAUAACUAGAGCUAUCCUACUCACCACGGUGUCGGCGUCACACCCUGGAUAAGUUUUUCGUCCCAGUCCACAUUUUGACAAAGUCUUUUGAGAUAAAGCUUUGAAACUUUCAACACUUGUUUACCAUCACCAUGUCCAAUUAUAGGCAAAAGUACAUAACUCUGUCAAGCAUUUUGGUUGAAUUAUUGCCCCUUUUUGACUUAGAAAUCUUGGUUAAGUUUUUCGUACCAGUCUACAUUUUGACAAAGUCUUUUGACAUAAAGCUUUGAAACUUCCAACACUUGUUUACCAUCACCAUGUCCAGUUGUAGGCAAGAGUGCAUAACCCCAUCAAGCAUUUUGGCUGAAUUAUGGCCCCUUUUGACUUAGAAAUCUUGGUUAAGUUUUUCGUACCAGUUUAUAUUUUGUGUAAAGUGUUUGACAUAACUUGUUCAGUAUAACAGUCUCUAUCAAUACGCAAGAGUACAUAACUCUGUCGUCUUUUUUGGCUGAAUUAUGGCCCUUUUUGAACUUGGAAAUUGGUUCUGUUUUGUAUAUGUUCAUGUUUUGUCAAGACUAUUUGACAUAUGGCUUUAGAACUUUAAACACUUGAAUAUCAUUAUGAUUUCCAUCUGUAGGCAAGAGUACAUAACUCUGACAACUAUUUUGGCUGAAUUAUGGCCCUUUUUGGACUUCGAAUUUUGUUCAGUUUUUCUUACAAGUCAGCGUUUUGUCAAAACUAUUUGAUCUGUGGCUUUGAAACUUUUAACACUAGUUUAUUAACAUGAUUUCCAUCUGUAGGCAAGAGUACAUAACUCUGUCAACUAUUUUGACUGAAUUAUGGCCCUUUUUGGACUUGGAAAUUAGUUAAAUUGUCCAUAAUUUGCCUAACAUAUAACUUAUUUGUCAUCAUGGUCACACAUUGCCAUUUAGUGGAAGACUAAUUGAAAUCCACAAAUACAGGAACAUUUUUUGUUUAAUCCAUUUUUUUCUUUUGUCUGAAAAUCUAUGGAAAUAUUUUGACCCCAUUCUUAAUCAAUUCUUCGAAUAGUCGAGCGCGCUGUCAUCCGACAGCUCUUGUUUAACCUUGCAAUACUUACUCAAAUCUUGACUAAAAUUUCUCUGUUCAGAAUAGAUCUGUUGCCAACGAAUAUAGAUUCUACUUAAAAAUAUGGCGAAGUAGAAGUUAAAAGCAGGUAAUAUAAAUUAAAUGAAAGUGGAAUUUGGGCAAUUUUUUUUAACCUUUUUAGCUCACCUGUCACAUAGUGACAAGGUGAGCUUUUGUGAUCACCCUUCGUCCGUCGUCGGUCCGUGCGUGGGUCCGUCAACAAUUUCUUGUCUGCACGAUAGUGGUGUCAUUUAUGAUUUUUAUUUUAACCAAACUUACACACAACUUGUAUCACCAUAAGAUCUCGAUUCCUUUCUUGAACUGGGCGAGAUUCCAUUAUGGGUUCCAGUGUUAUGGCCCCUGAAAGGGCCAGGAUUAGCUAUUUUGACCUUGUCUGCACAAUAGCAGCUUCAUUUAUGAUUUGAAUUUAAUCAAACUUGCACAAAACUUGUGUCACCAUAAGAUCUUGAUUCCUUAGUUGAACUGGCCAGAUCCCUUAAUGGGUUCCAGAGUUACGGCCCCUGAAAGGGCCAAAAUUAGCUUUUUUGACCUUGUCUGCACAAUAGCAGCUUCAUUUAUGAUUCGAUUUUAACCAAACUUGCACACAACUUGUAUCACCACAACAUCUUGGUUCCUUUCUUGAACUGGCCAGAUUUCUUCAUGGGUUCCAGAGUUAUGGCCCCUUAAAGGUCCAAAAUUGGCUAUUCUGGCUUUUGCAGCCAUAUAGAGACGUCAUUUAUGGUUUUAUUUGAUACAAACUUCCAAAAUAACUUCAACAACAAUAAUUCUUGGAUUCCAUGACAAAUCAGAUCCAAGCGUAGGUUCAGAGUUAUUUUAUAUCUGAUUACCUCCCCUGAUUGUAAUCAAAAUAGAUUUAUAUCAGUAAGUACUUACAGGACUUAUUUGAAAUUUCAUUAUUGUCAUUAGUUGGACUGAGCCAAUCAGGGUAGAUAACUAUGGACUGAUUUUAUGUCAAAUUACCUCCCUUUAUUUCAAAUUAAAAUGGGUAUAUCUCCGUAACUAAUAAAGAUACUGAUCUGAAAUUUCAUUUAUGUCAACAGAUUUAUUUGGCAGAUCCUUCUUUUGUUCACUUACAAUAUAUUUAUUAUGUCUCCCCCCCAGGAGACAUAUUGUUUUUGCCCUGUCCGUCCUUCCGUCUGUCCGUCCGUACGUCACACUUCAUUUCCGAUCAAUAAAUAGAGAACCACUUGAUCCAGAAUGUUGAAACUUCAUAGGAUGAUUGGACAUGAAGAGUAGAUGACCCCUAUUGAUUUUGGGGUCACUCCAUCAGAGGUCAAGGUCAUAGGGGCCUGAACAUGGAAAACCAUUUCCGAUCAAUAACUAGAGAACCACUUGACCCAGAAUGUUGAAACUUCAUAGGAUGAUUGUACAUGCAAAAUAGAUGACCCCUAUCGAUUUUGGGGUCACUCCAUUAAAGGUCAAGGUCACAGGGGCCUGAACAUUGAAAACCAUUUCCGGUCAGUAACUUGAGAACCACUUGACCCAGAAUGUUGAAACUUAAUAGGAUGAUUGGUCAUGCAGAGUAGAUGACCCCUAACGAUUUUGGGGUCACUCUGUGAAAGGUCAAGGCUACAGGGGCCUGAACAUUGAAAACCAUUUCCGGUCAGUAACUUGAGAACCGCUUGACCCGGGAUGAUGAAAUUUCAUAGGAUGAUUGGUCAUGCAGAGUAGAUGACCCCUAACGAUUUUAGGGUCACUCUGUCAAAGGUCAAGGUCACAGAGGCCUGAACAUUGAUAACCAGUUCCGAUCAAUAACUUGAGAACCACUUGACCCAGAAUGUUGAAACUUCAUAGGAUGAUUGGUCAUGAAGAGUAGAUGACCCCUAUUGAUUUUGGGGUCACUCCAUCAAAGGUCAGGGUCACAGGGGCCUGAACAUGGAAAACCAUUUCCGAUCAAUAACUAGAGAACCACUUGACCCAGAAUGUUGAAACUUCAUAGGAUGAUUGGUCAUGCAGAGUAGAUGACCCCUAACGAUUUUGGGGUCACUCUGUGAAAGGUCAAGGUCACAGGGGCCUGAACAUUGAAAACCAUUUCUGGUCAGUAACUUGAGAACCACUUGACCCAGAAUGAUGAAACUUCAUAGGAUGAUUGGUCAUGCAGAGUAGAUGACCCCUAACGAUUUUAGGGCCACUCUGUUAAAGGUCAAGGUCACAGGGGCCUGAACAUUGAAAACCAUUUCCAAUCAAUAACUUGAGAAUCUCUCGACCCAGAAUGUUGAAACUUCAUAGGAUGAUUGUUCAUGCAGAGUAAAUGACCCCUCUUGUUUUUGGGGUCACUCCGUUAAAGGUCAAGGUCACAGAGGCCUGAACAUUGAUAACCAGUUCCGAUCAAUAACUUGAGAACCACUUGACCCAGAAUGUUGAAACUUCAUAGGAUGAUUGGACAUGAAGAGUAGAUGACCCCUAUUGAUUUUAGGGUCACUCCAUCAAAAGUCAAGGUCACAGGGGCCUGAACAUGGAAGACCAUUUCCGAUCAAUAACUAGAGAACCACUUGACCAAGAAUGUUGAAACUUCAUAGGAUGAUUGUACAUGCAAAGUAGAUGACGCCUAUUGAUUUUGGGGUCACUCCAUUAAAGGUCAAGGUCACAGGGGCCUGAACAUUGAAAACCAUUUCUGGUCAGUAACUUGAGAACCACUUGACCCAGAAUGUUGAAACUUAAUAGGAUGAUUGGUCAUGCAGAGUAGAUGACCCCUAACGAUUUUGGGGUCACUCUGUGAAAGGUCAAGGUCACAGGGGCCUGAACAUUGAAAACCAUUUUUGGUCAGUAACUUGAGAACCACUUGACCCAGAAUGAUGAAACUUCAUAGGAUGAUUGGUCAUGCAGAGAAGAUGACCCCUAACGAUUUAAGGGUCACUCUGUUAAAGGUCAAGGCCACAGGAGCCUGAACAUUGAAAACCAUUUCCAAUCAAUAACUUGAGAAUCUCUCGACCCAGAAUGUUGAAACUUCAUAAGAUGAUUGUUCAUGCAGAGUAAAUGAUCCCUAUUGUUUUUGGGGUCACUCCGUUAAAGGUCAAGGUCACAGAGGCUUGAACAUUGAUAACCAGUUCCGAUCAAUAACUUGAGAAUCUCUCGACCCAGAAUAUUGAAACUUCAUAGGAUGAUUUAACAUGCAGAGUAGAUGACCCCUAUUGAUUUUGGGGUCAGUCUAUUAAAGGUCAAGGUCACAGUGGCCUGUUCAUGUAAAAUCAUUUUUGGAAAUAACUUGAGAACCACUUGACCUACAAUGUUGAAACUUAAUAGGAUGAUUGAGUAGAUGACCCCUAUUUAUUUUGAGGUCACUUGAUCAAAGGUCAAGGUCACAGGAGCCUGAAUAGUGACUUGAGAACCACUAGGACAAGAGUGUUGAAAUUUAGCGGGAUGACUGGACAUGCCAAGUAGAUGAUCCCUAUUGCAGCCAACCAUCAGUGUCUAUUUGACUUUUCGCUCCUGACCCCUAUUGACUUCUUGCCUAUUGGACUUUGCAUUGGGGGAGACAUGCGCUUUUUUACAAAAGCAUUUUCUAGUUUUUAAUUACUUUCCUUUUACGUUACUGUAAAUAGCUUAUAUUUAGUAACUUUUUUAUUAUUGGCCGUAGGGAAAAACCGAGACCACUUUUCUGUGGUACAACAUGGAUGGUACCUCCAAUUUUUAGGUGUAUUUUGACAUAUCUAUACUUUGUAUAAAGAUUUUUUUUUUUCUUUUUGGUUAAAUUUCUUCCCUUUGUUGUUACUGUCCUUUGGACUUAGAUAUUUUUUCUGAGGACCUUCUUGUCCUCAAGUGCAAUGAUAACAGGUGAGCGACAUAGGGCCAUCAUGGCCCUCUUGUUAUUGUAAUAUGUGAGGUCAAUAAAAGAACACAAAUAUUAGAUUUUUGGUAUAAAGUAAGAUUGCUGUAAAAGUUUUAAGGUAAUGGUUUCCAGACUACAACAGUUUUGUUUCCAUGGCAUCCCAAGGAAUAUGCACAUUGUUCUAAGUCGGGAACACACAUUAAAGCAUAUUAUAUAUGCUUAAGCUUACACAACCUUAUUAUCACAUAUUCUUGAAUGAGCUUCGUUUUUACAGUAUAAACUGUGUAUUAACUCAGAUUUGCAUGUCAGGAAUAGUUUGGUACUGUUUACAGUUGCAUUUUAGAGAACUGUUCAGUAUCAUAAUUGAGAUACCUGUCUUUGUUUGCAUGUAUAGAUAAAGUCUUUUUCUACUAGGAAAUUUUUAUGCACUUGUUAACGAUUAACUUUUCAUUAUGUUUUGUAAUAAAAGAGAGAUUAAACACAUGUAUGUAA